UUGCUGGCACUAAUUCAUCAUGGAAAUCACCCUCUGGAGAUUUUGCCUUUGGAUUCUACCCUCUUGUUUGUUAGUUCUCACUAUCUUGUUGGAAUUUGGUUUGAUAAGAUUCCACAGAAAACAUUGGUUUGGUCGGCAAACCGUGACGAUCCAGCUCGAAUCGGUUCAACCGUCAAUUUCACAGUAAAAGGCCAAAUUUUACUGCAACAUGCAAACAAAACUUUAGUUAUAAUCUACAAUGGUACUAAUGCAACUUCUGCUAUGAUGCAAGAUAAUGGGAAUUUUUUAUUGUUAAACUCUCUUUCAAAAAUCAUCUGGCAGAGUUUUGAUUCACCAACAGAUACUAUUUUACCAGGCCAAAUUUUGAACAUGGGUCAUAUGCUUUUUUCUAAUGCCAAUGGGACAGAAGAUUACUCGACUGGUCAAUACAAAUUAGAGGUUCAAAAAUCCGAUGGCAACAUUGUUAUAUCAGCAUUUCCGUAUUCGGAUCCCGGUUACUGGUAUACUUCAACUACUUCCAACACAAGUGUAAGACUUAUAUAUCUUCAACAACAUAUAACAGCUUUUAUUUAUACUGUCAUUGGCACACACAACAUAUUUAACAUGGCCACAGAAGUGCCUAAUCCAGUUCAAAACUAUUAUCAUCGAGCAACGAUCAACGACCGUGGAAAUUUUUAACAGAUGAUUUAUCUUAAAGAGAGUGGAAAAGAUUGGACAGUUAUAUGGCAGGCUAUAACUCAGCCAUGCACAGUGAAUGCUAUUUGUGGUGUGUAUGGUUUUUGCAAUUCACCUGAUAACAGCACAGUUAAUUGUAGUUGUUUACCUGGAUACACGCCUUUUGAUCCAAAUUUUCCAUCCAAAGGGUGUUAUCCUAAUGUUGCCUUAGAUUUAUGUGCUAAAAAUGCAAAUUCCUCUGCAUCAAACAUUACAGUGGUGAAAAUUCAAAAUGCUGAUAUACCAAACAGCAUAUUUUUUGAUCUACAAAGAAUAGACUCAUCUGAUUUGGACAGUUGCAGUAAGGAAGUGAUGAAUGAUUGUUUCUGCAUGGCUGCUGUUUUGAUUGACUCAGUUUGUUAUAAGAAAAGGACACCUCUUUUAAAUGCAAGAAUAAGUAUACCUGAAACUAGCAAUAGAGUGACACUGAUUAAAGUUCCUCAAAUUCUUCAAGAGGAUCAAAAUGAUUCACCUUCUCGAGUCGUUUUGAUCGUAGCCGCAUCAACAUGUUCUAUGCUUGCUAUUGUGUUUGCAACUAUUGCUAUCUAUUAUCAUCCCACAUUUGGCUAUCUUAUCAAGAAAGAGACGCCGCCGAAGCCAAAGCCUGUGGACAUCAACUUAAAGGCAUUUUCAUUCCAAGAAUUGAGAGAAGCGACAAACGGAUUCAGAAACGAACUCGAUCGUGGAGGUUUUGGUACAGUCUAUUUUGGCAUGACACAUCACAAGAAUCUUGUGAGGUUGUUAGGUUUCUGCAACGAGCAGAAUCAUCGUCUUCUGGUUUAUGAAAUGAUGAGAAAUGGAACAUUAUCAAGUUUCAUUUUUAGGGAGGAGGAUAAAGAUAAACCAAGUUGGGAACAUAGAGCUAAAAUUGUUGUUGAAAUUGCUAGAGGCUUGAUGUACCUGCAUGAAGAGUGUGACCCUCAGAUAAUCCACUGCGACAUAAAGCCGCAAAAUGUUCUUCUUGACUCAAAUUAUACGGCAAAAAUUUCAGAUUUUGGAAUGGCAAAGCUAUUAAUGAAUGACAGAAGUAGAACAAGCACAAAUGUUAGAGGGACAAUGGGAUAUUUGGCACCAGAAUGGCUCAAAAAUGCGCCUAUCACUGCAAAAGUGGAUAUCUACAGCCUUGGUGUCAUGUUGCUUGAAAUCUUAUUUUGCAAAAGGCACAUUGAGUUGAAUCAAAUUGAAGAUGGAACAGAGGGUGGUGAUGACAUGAUACUUAUAGAUUGGGUUCAAUAUUGGGCAAAAGAAGGGAAACUAAGAGACAUUGUUAGUAAUGAUGUUGAAGUUGUUAAUGAUUUCAAUAGGUUUGAGAGAAUGACUAUGGUUGGACUGUGGUGCUUGUGUCCUAAUCCAACUAUUAGGCCAUCUAUUGCAAAGGUGUUGCAGAUGUUGGAAGGAGAUUCUGAAGUUAGUGUUCCACCAUUGUUUGAUGGGUAAAUUUUGUAACUAAUUUUUGCUCUUAUUUUUGUGUUUAAUACAAGACUAAUGUUUGAGUUGUUCAUGGCUAAAAGCCUUUUUCUCUUUCUCCUCUGAGUUAAUUGUAGCUAAAGCUUCUCUAAUAAUACAGUAAACAGUCAUUGUGGUCCUUAAAUAUGUGAGAGGUUGUUGCAAU